GGAAAGUCAAAAGCUGGGGCCUCAGGAAAAGCCAGUGAGACUUCUAAAGCCCAAAAGGCCAAGAAGUCUGUCCUGAAGGGUGUUCAGCGUGCACCAAAGAGGAAGGUGCGCACAAAUGUUCAUUUUUAUCGUCCUAAAACUUUGAGCCUUCGAAGAGCUCCCAAGUAUCCUCGGCAUUCUGCUCCCAGGACCAACAAACUGGAUCACUAUGCAAUUAUUAAGCAUCCUUUGACAACAGAGUCAGCCAUGAAGAAGAUUGAAGACAAUAACACACUUGUGUUUAUUGUUGAUGUGAGAGCUAACAAGCCACAGAUCAAGGCCUCUGUGAAGAAGUUGUAUGAUAUUGAUGCCUCCAAGGUCAACACCCUUAUAAGGUACCUAAAAUCAUGCAACACGUCUUUCUCUUGAUAAUUAUUAUUUCUCUUAUGUUAUCAGCGUUUAUGCUAUAAACAAAUUGUUUGAAGUUCAGUAGUUCAGUUUUUGUUAAGAGCAAGAUUUUCUUUCCUCCUUUNCUUGUGUUUAUUGUUGAUGUGAGAGCUAACAAGCCACAGAUCAAGGCCUCUGUGAAGAAGUUGUAUGAUAUUGAUGCCUCCAAGGUCAACACCCUUAUAAGGUACCUAAAAUCAUGCAACACGUCUUUCUCUUGAUAAUUAUUAUUUCUCUUAUGUUAUCAGCGUUUAUGCUAUAAACAAAUUGUUUGAAGUUCAGUAGUUCAGUUUUUGUUAAGAGCAAGAUUUUCUUUCCUCCUUUAAAGCAAGGGUAAAGUUGUUGGAGCAUCUGCAGCUUAGCUAUCAUUGCACGGAUAAUUUUCUCUAAGAAAGAUUUUAUUGCAAAUUUUUCUCUUUCUGAUUGCCACCUAGCCUACAACAAAGCACUCUGUCCACCAGUUAACAGAGUCCUUCCAUUAAUGUCACACAGGCCUAGCAAGACACCAAAACCCUUUCACUACUAACACUACCUUUGUAUGAUGUGAGUUGACAUUACAUGCUCAGUGUUAAAUCAGUUUUCCUCAAAUUUUGCAUUGAAAGAAUUAUUAGUGAAUGAUCUGCACAUCAAAGACAAAGAGUCUUACCCCCCUUCUACACAAGUCUUCAGACUAGUACGACCCUUACAACUCUAUGACCUCUUUGAUUGAAUGAUUUUGUAAAACAAGCAAUACAUUAAGCCAAGGGGUAUACUGAAAAAAAAUAUACAAGGCCUCAUAUAUGAAACCGUUUUUUUGAAAACCAAGUACAGUAUCUAACAAAAAUUUCAGUUGUUUGAGUGAAAAGGCGUCAAAAGGCAUGUCUCUUAAGCCCGAGGAGCUCCAAAACCAUAGUAACGAUGGGAAAGGAAAGGAGAAAAAGAAAGAGUGAGGAGAAGGAAAGGAGGAGAUGAAAAAAAAAAAAGCAAUGGUUGCACUCUUAGUUUUUAUAAUAGCUACUUUAGAGUUUUUGGCUGGAAAAAAACUGUUCAAUGCAAAAAGUCCACUUGGCGAUAAUAAUAUCAUAAAUCCGGCUAGAUAUACAUAGUCUUGUUUUGGACAUUUCCCACUUUUUUGUGUAAGGCCAGUAUUUUGUAGACCUUUGAAUCUGAUACUAAUUGGCAUUUUUCUGCGUUAGACCUGAUGGACAGAAGAAAGCUUAUGUCAGGCUGGCACCCGAUUAUGAUGCGUUGGAUGUUGCAAAUAAGGUU